AAGUUAAGCUUAAACAGCAGCCAGUGAUAUAGUCGUGAAGUCGUUCGACAGGUCAUUCGAGGAUCCCCGAUCUUUCUAGACGGAACUGGCCGAGUAGAGGAUAUAAUAAUCUCUGAAAGAAGCUGGUGAUCCAGAUAACUAAGACGCCAUAGAACAUCUUUGUGGGAUCUUGGCUACGAGCAUCAUUUAUCCUCAGGGACGCCGACAAGAUGCAUUCAACAGUCUUUUAUUUUCUUGGGUUGAUGGGUAGCCUCGCCCAAGGCGCUCUCCUUAACAGGCGCGCUGCCUUGGAGGACUGCCUUUCUGGCAGUCAAACUGCUGUGGACGAAGUCGGUUCUGAUGACUACAACCGUGACAUCACACCUUUUAACAAGCGCCUGCCAUUUCAACCGGCGGCCAUUGCUGUACCAACUACAUUAGAUCAGAUACAGAGCGCCGUGGCAUGCGGGUCCAAGUUGGGCUACAAAGUUACUGCGAAGGGCGGAGGACACAGCUAUGCGUCUUUAGGUCUUGGUGGAGAGGACGGCCAUCUCAUCAUUGAGCUUGACCGCAUGAAUUCCGUUAAAUUGGAUACGGAGACGAACAUCGCAACUGUGGAUGCCGGAACUAGACUUGGUCACCUAGCAUCAGAGCUAUUCGCCCAAGGAAACCGCGCUAUAUCUCAUGGAACUUGUCCCGGUGUCGGUAUCUCUGGUCACGUCCUGCAUGGGGGGUUUGGCAUGAGUUCCCACACGCGGGGGCUGGCACUGGACUGGGUAUCCGGAAUGAACGUCGUGUUAGCGAACGGAUCACUUAUCCAUGCUUCGGAAACCGAGAAUAAGGACGUCUAUUGGGGUUUGCUCGGCGCAGGGUCAAAUUUUGGCGUCGUUACGAGUUACGAGCUCAACACAUUUGAGCCUCCCGCAAAUGUCACAUGGUUCGUAGUUAAUCUGCCGUGGAAGCAGAACACGUCCGUUGCUGGAUUGGAAGCGUUGGAAGACUUCGCCAGGAAUACUCAGCCAGCAGAGCUGAACAUGCGUCUUUAUGCCACACGCCAAUUUACCCAGCUGGAGGGUUCCUACCAUGGCAACAAGACCGACCUUGAAGCUGCGCUCGAGCCACUAUUGAAUAAGACUGGAGGUUCGUUGGCGGCUGCCCAGACAGUCACUUGGCUCAAGGGUCUUGAGCAUUUCGCUACUAUGAAAUUGAAUCAGACCUAUCCCUACACGCAAGUGCAAGAGAAUUUCUACGGUAAGAGUUUAGAACUUAAAGGUCUAAAUGGGACUUCGGCAAAGGGAUUUACCGACUAUUGGUUCAAUGUGGCCAAGAACGAGACAGCGCAUUGGUAUAUUCAGCUGGAUAUCCACGGAGGCAAGAAUUCGGCGGUCUGGAAAGCUGACUCGAAGCUGACGUCUUACGCGCACCGCGACAAGCUGUAUAUCCUCCAGUUCUACAUCACGACAAGUGAUGCUCCGGAAGACGGUUUCAAAUUUGUCGACGAUUGGGCAUCGGCCACAACAACUCCGCUGACGACAUCCGACUGGGGAAUGUACUUCAACUACCCGGACACGAACUUGAACCGAACGAGGGCACAGCAGAUGUACUGGGGAAAUAACCUGGUGAAGUUACAGCAACUUAAGGCAGACCUUGAUCCCCACGAACUAUUCUACUACCCGGUGUCGCUUAGUCCGGCGCAGAACCCCGAGCUUGCGUAGCGUGGAUAUGUCGAGUGUAAGAGUGGAGAUUCGCGUGUACAUAAUGGAAGAUACCAUCCGAAGAGACAAAUGUUUUAUUGUUUAAGAUAUGUAGCUUUGAGGACAUCCUGUUGUCGUUCAAGCUUUGUGGAUUGAUUAA